UGCGUCGAUCGCUCGGUGUUUGUAUGUUUGUGGUUUGAGUUUUGUGGAUGUGAAUUAAAGAAAAAGAACAUAAUUCUAAUUAAACAAGUAUCUAUUUACAGAAAAACUAAAAUAAAGUAUAAUUUAAAAUUAUGGAGCGCGCUCAACCGUUUUCAAUUGAGAACUUCAUUAUCAACUGGAAUGGGGACUUUCCUAAUUAUCCUCUGACGGUGCCAGAUUUGAAAAAUCCACAGGCUUUGAUGGGUGCCUUACUACAAGUUUUCGACAGACUAGCUAUUGACCGUGACGCUAUUCUUAUGCCACCACCAGAAGAAAACCGCAACGAACACACUGUCUACUACGCAGACCUGAUCCCUGUGAUCAAUAUGACCCGUGUGAUCAAUCACCUUGUUGCCGUGAUGCCACAAGUGAACAUCACAAUCAGCGUGAUGCAUUUCCUACAGCCUACACCCGUCACCUCGCACUCUAUACUGCUUCUGUUGUUCAAUCUCAUGGUGUUUAACGAGGAAAGGUUAAGCGAGAUAGCUCCGCAUGAAGAGGAGCUAUUUGCCAAGAGUGAAGAGGUAAAAGCUUUAGAUGACAAAAGGAAUCAUCUGAUUGAGAUGCUGAACAUACAGGCUGAGGAAAAAGGAAAACGGGCAGAGAGACUGGAAAAGCUAGAACAUGACAUAAAACAAUUGGAAGAGGAACUUCGUCAAGAGAAGGAGGCACAUGAUGAUGAUAAACAGGAAUUAGAAGCAGUCCUGAAGGAAAAUCAUCAGAUUGAAGUGAUUCUUGAACAAAAAAAGACUCAAAGGGAUGCGUUGUUGGAUGAACUGGCACGUAAGAAGGCUUUAAGAGUUUAUGACGCGGACGAUAUACGAGCCCAAGUGGCACAGGCUGCUCAGAAUGUGCAAGAGGCGGAUGAAAAGCUGAAUGGGUUGAAGGAAACAUUGAUGCAGAAAGAGUUGUGCCUUAAAAACUUGCAGACCAUCAAGCCUGGAUUGGACGAGGCAAAUAAUCUGCUACAUGAGAUAAUGAAGUUGAAUGAGAAUAUAAAAGAUUACGACUCUGGUGACCUCGACCUGGACAGCAAAGAAGGCGAGCUGGAUGUGCUAAGCACCGAGCUGUCGGAGUUGGAAGCUCAUCUGAGUGAACUGCAAGCCGCCAGGGCUGCUUCAGCCGAGUGCAGGCGAGAAUGCGCUGCUAGGAGGCAACACGACCAACUGGCUGCCAUGAGCGCUCUCCGCGACGCCGAGGAGAAGGACAGGAAGAGCCGCGAGCGCUGCAAGGCGGCGCUGCAGCGCAGCGAGCGCAUCCAGCGCGACACCGCGGCGUAUGAAGCGGAGAAAGCGGCUGGAAUGGAACUGCUGAAUAACAUGAAGCUCACUUUUACUAAUGAGCUUAAAUCCAUCGACGAUGCUUUGCUGGCAAAGAUGAUCGAAUUUAAAAUAGGUAUGGAAGAAAAGCUUCGGAACAGAAACUAAGAAGAAUCUCAGGAUAUUAUACUGUUACAAAACUAAAUCAGUUUGAAUAUAUUCAGUACAGAUUAGUGGGCAUCAUGCAUGAACCAAUUUCUUGUUAGGCUAUGUUACAAUAUCUAUCAUAUUCGCUGCAUUAACUCUGUUGCGUACUACGUGGUAGUACGGCUCGAGCGAUGCCGUUUCUAUCUUCUGUUUCGCUUUUUAUUAUAACGUGAAACGGGACAGCGAUAAAAAAGGAGUCUCGCGUGCCAUGUUACGUGGCUGGAUAUAUUUAAUAGGAGUUAACAUAAAUAAUUAAUAAUUAUAGAUGAAUGU